UUUUUUUUUUACCUUCAUCCACGACAACCGUCCCCUUCUUGUCCUCUUCACAUUUUGAUCUCGACUGUCGUUUUCUUUCUUUCUUUCUUUCUCUUUCUCUCUUUUUAUAUAUAUAUAUAUCUCACUCAUCGUUUUACAUUCGUGUGUAUAUUCAAAUAACAACAACAACAAAAAAAAAAGUUUUAUCUCAUCAUAUCCUAUCCAACCUACGUAAUUCUUUAACGAAAACAAAAAAAAAAAACCAACACAAUCUCAUUGAUACGAACUUUUUUCUCACAAAGUACCUGUUUACAAUAUCAUGUCUCAAUCUCCCAUAAACAACUCUACUGACCAACUUGAUGAUCAGUACUCAAAACAAACUUAUCCUCAACCAGAUGUGACUACUCAUACUGAAGAAGACGAUGGUCUUUUGACUUUACGUGCCUUAGUAUCUACCAAAGAAGCCGGUGUAAUCAUUGGCAAAGCUGGGAAGAAUGUUGCUGAACUUCGUGAAGCUACUGGUGUCAAAGCUGGUGUCUCCAAAGUGGUGACUGGUGUUCAUGAUCGUGUCUUGACUAUUACUGGUACUCUAGAAGGUGUUGCCAAGGCUUAUUCUUCUAUGGCUCAAACUUUAUUGGAUAAUCCCAUUACUACUGUCACUCCACCUAUUUCUCCUGUUACUCCAUCUCGUAAUAAUGCAAAGGCUGUAACUACUCUUCGUCUCUUGAUCUCACAUAAUUUGAUGGGUACUGUGAUUGGACGUCAAGGAGCCAAGAUCAAACAUAUUCAAGAUACAUCAAACGUACGUAUGACUGCAUCCAAAUCUAUCUUACCUCAAAGUACGGAACGUGUGGUGGAAGUACGAGGAACAGUUGAAGGACUUCAUAUGGCAUUACUGGAAAUUGGACGUUGUUUGAUGGAAGAUAAGGAACGUGCAUAUGGCACUAUUCUUUAUAAUCCAACCAAAGCUGGUGUUGCCUCUGCUGUUACUGCCAAUGGUGAUCAUCAUCGUCGUGGAUCGGUGACUCGUGGUGGAAAUGGUUUGGAAUUCGAUAAUGAUGGUUAUCAAGAUGGUUCUGUCAAUGGUGGUGACCGUCGUCGAUCUUCUCAUGCUGCCUUUUUGGAUGAUCCUAAUGUCCGUACUCAACAUAUCUCUAUUCCCAGUGACAUGGUUGGCUGCAUCAUCGGUAAAGGUGGUUCGAAAAUCUCGGAUAUUCGUCGAUUAUCUGGUUCUCGUAUCUCCAUUGCAAAAAUCCCUCAUGAUGAAACUGGUGAACGUAUGUUUACUAUUCAAGGUACUGCCGAAGCUAAUGAGCGCGCUCUCUAUUUACUCUAUGGUCAAUUGGAAUCUGAAAAGGAACGACGUCUCCAAGGUGUGAUCCAUGAAGAAGUUUUGGAAGAAGAAGAACAACAACAACAAGAAGAACCUCGACAAGAAUAACCUUGAGAAUCUUUUAUAUAGUAUAGUUACUUCUUUUUGACUACUAUUUUUUUUCAUUGUGAAUACCUUUUUAUAUAUAUUAUUAUCAUUAUUCUUUCUUUUUUCUUUUUAUUAUAUUGUUUUAUUAUCAUGAAUGAUCCUUUCUUUUCCUUUUUUUUUUUUUUUU